UGAAACAGAAAUAGGAAGUAAGAUAUAAAGCUCGCCUUUAUUUGUAGUUGACUGUUUUGAAGAUACGCCUGUCAGUUACAAUGUCACUUGUGGAUUAUCUGUCACGGAUUAUCUUAAUCUCAACUUCUCUGGAAUUGUCAGGUGUCUUUGGAAUCACAGUCUGUAGAAACAGAUAUGUGAGUGGCGAAGUGGGGAGAAAUGUUACUCUGCACUUGGAUCAAACUAGAAUCACAUUUGCCACUUGGGACGUUUGUAUUGGAGAUGGAGAGAGACAUUUGAUAGCUCAUACUUACCCUGGAAAACCUAUGGAGAUUAUAGAUCCCAGGUAUACUGGAAGACUUAACAACAUACCAGAUGGAUCCCUGGUUAUCAGUAAACUAACCAAGGAGGAUCAAACAGUCUACUCCACAGGACUGUUCGUCAGGGAAGGGGUUUAUCAAUGUGACCAGCGUUAUAAUCUCACUGUUAACAAUCAAAGUGAAAAUGAUGACAAGGUCAAACCUGAUACAAGACGGAAGACAUUAUAUGCCAACCUGCCAUGUAUCUCUAAAGCUAAAGCAUUUGAGAAUUUGAAGUCAAGGCCAUGUAGAAGCAGACAUGUGACGGGUGUGGAGGGGAAAAGUGUAACUCUGCCAUUGGAUCAGUCUGGGAUCACACACGCCACAUGGGAACUAUGUACUGGAGAGAGAAAUAUUAUAGCGACCACAUUCUCUGAGAAAACUCUGAAUAUUCAAGAUCGCCGGUAUAACGGAAGACUCUCUAGUACACCGGAUGGAUCUUUGGUUAUUUCUAAACUUACCCAGGAAGACCAAAACGUCUACAACACAGACAUGUUCGUCAAUCAGGUAUAUCGCUGUGAACAGCGAUAUAACCUCACCGUAAUCAAUCAAAGUAUCCGUGACAUGAUAUCCAAACCCGGUACAGAACAGACAGUAUAUGCUGAUAUACCAUGUCCCGCUAAAACAUUUGUCGAUUUAAACGCUGAGCCUUGUAGAAGCAGACAAGUGACAGGAGUAGAGGGAGAAAAUGUUACUUUGGAGCUGGAUCUGACGGGAAUCACGUUUGUGACUUGGGAAGUUUGUGUUGGAGAAAGAAACUUUUUUGCCAAUACUUACCCUGGGAAACCUGUAGAGGUUCUAGAUCCGGUUUAUAAUGGAAGACUUUCUAGUACACAAGAUGGAUCCUUGGUCAUUGCUAAACUGACAAUGAAAGACCAAAUAAUCUACAAUGCAGAUCUGUUUGUCAAGAAACAGGUAUACCGAUGUGAUCAGCGAUAUAAUCUCACCGUGACCAGUAAGUUAUUAACCAACACUAAUUUUAUUUUAUGGUCAAAAUCUAUAGAGUAG